CAGAUUUUACACCUUCAAAUGCAAAUGAACUCACUCACCCCACACUCCACUCAAUGUGACUGUCCCAGCAAUCUUGUCAUUGCAUACACUAUUCAUUAAGCCCUUCAGUACAGUCCCAUUCAGCCCUGUGCCUGACACCACGCAGCUGCAGAGAUGAAUAACCGAGGAGUUACCUAUGCAGAACUUGCUAUCGUCAAGAAUUCAAAAAGACAGCAAACGAAAGCUAAGGGCACUAAAAGCUCCACUUCAAAAAUUGAGCAGGAAAUAACAUAUGCAGAAUUAAAUCUUGAAAAUGCUUCUCAGUAUCUUCAAGGGAACAACAAGAAAACCCCCUGUAAAGGGAAGCUCAUUGCUGGCAUCCUGGGAAUCAUCUGCUUUGUCUUGAUGUCCACUGUGGUCACAAUAGCUGUUAUUCCCUUUACUAAAGGACCAGAGCAGAACCAAACAUCCCAGGAAACAAGGAUCUCAAAAGUUUAUCUCUGUGGUCAUUGUCCAAAAGAGUGGAUUACAUACUCCAACAAUUGCUAUUACAUUAGCCUUGAAAGAAAACCAUGGAAUGAGAGUUUGAUGUUCUGUGCUUCCAAGAACUCUACCCUGCUCUCCAUAGAUGAAGAGGACCUGUAUUUGUUGAACUUCUUCACUCCAUCUUCAUGGAUUAGAGGCUCUCAGAGAAUCAAUAAUAAUUCAUCUGUGUGGCCAAAAGUCACAAUUUUCUUCUCAAAAACACCAUCAGUAUCUUCAGAGAGUGACAAGAAUUGUUCAUUUAUCAUCUUCAGUUCAAAGAUAGUAUCUAAUGAAUCUUGCUUAGAAUUAAGACCAUAUGUUUGUAAGCACCAGACAUAAGUUACCUAAUUUGGGGAUAAUGCUCUGUCGCCAUCUAAAGAACUAUCUCUCAUUUCUCCAAAAGACAUACAAUUGCCUUCUCAGAAUAUUUUUAAGAUGUUAUUUUUUUAGAGAAAUUUUAGGUUCACAGCAAAAUUAAGAGAAAAGUAC